UGCUGUAAGUCAUGGUAAUGCGCGCAGCAGAAGGAGACAAGCGCUUCGGAAGGGGGACAAAUCUAACCAAUAAAGGAUUUUAAGGGGGAAUCUAUCGCUAAGGAUUCUGUCACUCACUCUGCGAGAUGCGUCUCUCACGGAAACGCUGGACUAUUUGCACAAUAAGCAUCCUGGUGAUCUUCUACAAGACGAAAGAAAUAACUAGAAGUGAAGAACAUCAGGAAGCUCAAGUCACUGGCGACAGUGAACUCGGCACUUCAAGACUUAUGGUCAAUAGUUCGGAGAAAAGCAGCAGGAGUGGUGUGCCUUCCUUUUUCCAGCACUCGGUCGAAGGAUGGCGGGUCAAUUCGUCACUAGUUCUCAUGAUAAGGAAGGAUGUCCUGCGUUUCCUGGAUGCUGAGAGGGACGUUUCGGUUGUGAAGAGCAGUUUCAAACCAGGCGACACUAUCCACUACGUCCUCGACAGACGCCGGACGCUCAACGUCUCCCACACGCUUCACAGCCUGCUACCGGACGUCUCUCCACUCAAAAACAAGCGCUUCAGAACGUGCGCGGUGGUGGGCAAUUCCGGUGUGCUUCUCAACAGCGGAUGUGGCAAGGAAAUCGACAGCCAUGACUUUGUCAUACGCUGUAACCUGCCGCCGCUGUCCGAGUUCGCCGAGGAYGUGGGGCUGCGGUCCGACUUCACCACCAUGAACCCCUCUGUCAUCCAGAGGGUGUAUGGCGGCCUGAAGAACGCCACGGACACGGAGAGGUUCGUCGAGCGCCUGCGGGGGCUCAACGACAGCGUUCUGUGGAUCCCGGCCUUCAUGGUGAAGGGAGGAGAGAGGCACGUAGAGAGCGUCAACGAGCUAAUCGUCAAGAGGAAACUGAGGGUGAGGACGGCCUACCCGUCACUGAGACUCAUCCACGUGGUGAGAGGGUACUGGCUGACAAACAAGAUCAAUAUCAAACGGCCCAGCACCGGAUUGUUGAUGUACACUUUGGCCACGCGCUUCUGCGAYGAGAUUCACUUGUAUGGAUUCUGGCCCUUUCCGCGGGACGCAAAUGGAAAAAUUGUGAAGUACCAUUACUACGACAUGCUCAAGUAUCGAUACUUCUCCAACGCAGGCCCUCACAGGAUGCCACUUGAGUUCAAAACGCUGAAAAUGCUGCACAGCAAAGGAGCUCUGAAGUUGACGACUUCGAAGUGUGAAUCUUAAAGUGCUCUUUGUUUGCGUUGCUAGAAAGCACACAAGGCUGUAAGACUGCUGAGUUGAUUAUGAAUAAUUGCAAAAGUAGUAAGUAAAAGUGAGCGUGCCUUUUUUUAAACUAACAAUGUAAAGGUACAAAACAAAGAAUGUAAUUGAAAAAUGAUUAGUCUAUCUAAAUGUCAGGUUUGGCAUUGUAAGCAUCAUGGCUGAGAAAUCAGGAAAUCAAUCCUUUGGAUGGAGCAUCAGAGACGACCAGAUUGAUUACAAUACCAUGGAUUUCUACAUUGGUCAUUACAGUAGUUGUCUAGUAGACAAAGCACAAAGACCAUCUGCUAAAAGCAGUGGUGGAUGCGGUGUAUUAGAGAUUACCUACUGGGUGUCGACCAAUGGUGGCGAUUCAACAUGCGGAAUCGUCAGGAAAUGAACAGAAAAUGACAGUCCAAGGGGAUAUUCUGGUCAGAGGCAAUAGGACGGCCCCCAGCAAACAUUAACCCCAUUGGCCCCAUGUGGGUAUUCGGUGGGCAAGCCCACAUCUGCCCGAAAUGGGCUAGCCCACAACAAGUCCAAMACAGGCUAGUCCACAUCAAUUCCACAUCCGCCCAAAACAAGCUACCUUACACCAGCCCAACACAGGCUACCCCACAUCAAGCCCACAUCAGCCCAUACCAAGCCCACAUCAGCCCAACACAGGCCAGCCCAACGCAGGGCUUUCCCACACCAGCCCAACGCAGCCCAUACCAGUCCACCUGAUCUUGGACACUGCCAAUUAUGAAGUUUUAAAAUAAAAACUUUAAUGAGUGUCAUGAGAAACUUGUGUUUCUGAUGUAAUGUAACAAGUUCUCUAAAUACCUUUUUAAGGCUUGAAAAUGAUYAAAUGUAUGCAUUGAGUUGAAUUGUAAUAAAUAAAUAAUAGAUAAAUAAAUUAACAUUUAAAUAAUAGAAUAAACUGAUAAAUUGGCAUAAGACCAAUACCAUGAGCUCAUAAUGGGCAGCUGAUCCAAAGGGAAGGCUUAUUUCAGGCAAAGUGAGGGUUGCCUUCACCAGAUAUGGGCUGCCCGUACUGGGCCACACUGGGCCAAUGCCUUGGGAGCCAGCAAAGGUGUAUCGGCCCAAUGUGGGCAGCCAACAUGGGGCCAAUAUUUUUGCCCACAUCAUGCCAAUGUGGGCAUGUUCGCUGGGCCACCGCUGGUUUCAACCGUUUUCGUCGUUAUGGCGUGUUUUGUCAGUAGGAAAAAGCAGAGAAUACAGGUUAUGCUCAGUAAAUUAGAUUUUGGGAUAUUUAAAAAAAAGAAUGUGCCCAGAGAAGUUGAUUCCAAAGAUCCCAUGCCAAUUUAUUUGCCCUCACUACAAAACAAGGUUAUGUUCUUCACAGCUGAACUUUCUAGGAAUUAGAAGCCUCAGGGCAAAAUUAUUUUUAUAUUUGUCUAGAURUCAGAUUAAUUUAUACAUUUUAAAUAUGUAUGCUGUUUCUAAGUGAUUCAUCUCAUGUUAUCUGAACACACCUUUUGUAAACUUGCAUGUUAAAGGGGAAUGGAAACGUACCUCAAGUUAGGCCUUUUUAGAUAAUUGUUAUUCAUUUGUAUGCAUUAUUGGACUUUAUACAACUGGUGGGUCUAAUCCUGAAUGCUGAUUGAUUGAAACCGCAUUCCAGUUGGUGUAUUWUCCACAAAUUAUCACCGGCUAAAUCUAUGACGUUAAAAUGCCUAUUUACUCUGUUCCAUCUGACUGCGCAAUCCACUGUCUCAUCAGC